UAUUGUGUUAGUGUAUCAAACCAUUAAGUUGUCAUCCAGUGUGACUGUAUCAUGUUUCUCUCACACUCAAUGGCUUUUCUGGACACUUCCCCCUUUUCUUGCUGACAUUUCACAUAGAUUUUUAUUGGCUGGGGCAAUAUUGGUCACACACACGUUCAUUCACAACCUGCCAAUGUGUGCUGAGUGACAUGUUAAUGGUUAACUGGUGUUUUUGAGGGAAGUGGCAGAGUUCAGUGGAGUAGGCAGCAGCAGCCAUUUUAGCUGCACAGGACACUGUUUUCCCCUCAAGCAUGGAGCACAGACGAGCUGACAGCUAACCAUCAUCGUCAACUUAACCAUUUGGCUGUGGAAGCACAGGUGCCAUGGUGACGCUGACUCCCUUGAGUGUCGAGGACCCAGACGAUGGUUCCCCACUGCUGCCUGAGGCUGCGGAGGCUGCAACACCAAUGCCUGUCUUUCACAGACAGAGAGUGAUCACAAAGACUGACUCGAUGGAAUUUUUCCUCACCAGGCACGUUUCUGCAGGUACUGUAUUUAUUUAUUGGCUCUAUUAUUUAAUGGUAUGGUCUUUUUUUUCUCUGCUGUUUAGGAGUGAGAACCUUGCCUUCAGUCUGGUGCUGCUGAUCGGAUGCUACUCGGCUAUUCUUAUUCCUGCAUAUCUCCCCUUGGAUAAAGAGGCAACUUUCAGUGAUGACAACCAACUUCCCAAAGAUCUGGUCUUACUAAAUCGGUCAGCCUCCCUGCUGUCAGGCCCCUGUCAGCCUCGCUGGUGUCUGGACCACCUCAAGACCCUUUCUUGUUCUGCAGGCCUACUAGACAUACCUGUGUUUGUGCAGAAGGACAGGCCUGUGUCCUGGGAUCUGUCCCCUCCACUGGGGCUCCAGGGCAGCGAAGAUCAUCUGGCCCUGGCUCUUGCAGCUCUGCCUCAGCCUGGCUUGCCUCAAUCACUGAGGAGUGAAGGCAGCUGCAGGCGAUGUGUGGUGGUGGGCAAUGGAGGGGUUCUUCAUGGGAGCCAUCUCGGAUCAGAUAUAGAUCAGUAUGACAUCAUUAUCAGGCUAAAUAAUGCUCCAGUGCCUGGCUUUGAAAAAGAUGCUGGUUCCCGCACAACCAUCCGCCUGAUUUAUCCAGAGGCAGCACCUCACACCGCAGAAGAGUAUAAAAAGACCACCAUGGUUGUUUUGGUGGUCUUUAAGAGCCUGGACCUGGACUGGCUCACUUCUGUCAUCACCAAACAGCCUCUGAGCUUCUGGUCCAAAAUGUGGUUCUGGAGGGAGGUGGUGGAUGAUAUUCCCCUGACACCAGAGAGCUUCAGGAUCCUCCAUCCGGAGAUUAUUCACAAGACAGGACAAGUUCUACAGAAAUAUGCUCUGAAACAGGGAAACAUGGUGCCAACACUAGGUGCAAGUGCAGUGGUGAUGGCUUUGCAACUUUGUGACCAUGUGAGCCUGGCAGGGUUUGGGUACGACACGCAGCACCCAGGUGCCAGACUUCACUACUAUGAGACCAUACGCAUGGACGCAAUGAAGGCUCAAGUGGUGCAUGAUAUAAGUGCUGAGAAACUCUUCCUGAGGGACCUGGUGGCUGCAGGAGCUGUGACUGACCUCACAGGAGCUCUGAGUCAGCAGUGCAGAGGCUGAUAAUGUACUGAACUCUACAUGCACUCCUUUUUACUGUCAGCCUGUGUGGAGUCCUCCGUCACCGUGCCCUGCUGGAAGAAUCCUACACAGCCAAGACUGACUUUUAAAAUGCUCACAAUCCCCAGGGUUGACUGACGAGUGAGCAAAUUAAAAGGUUAGACAAGCUCAUGUUUGGUGAGACUAACCUUAGUAUAAGUUGUUUAAAUUCAAUGAACUUAUAACAUCACCAGCUAUUAUAUAUCAUAUGAAUGAAUAAUUGUGCCAUCACACAUGGGAACACAUUCAGCAAAUGACUGGGUUUUGUAAAAUUAACGUAAUGGUCAACGGUUCAAAUAGUGCCAUUUCAAUUCUGCUUACAAUGACUCAAACAAUUGAAAGUGAGACUACUGAUAUUUAUUGUCUCCAAAAUAUAAUGUAUAUUAAAAAGGGAGCCAUACAGUAA